CAGACGCAACGGAUCAUUUAUCUUCUCAAUCCUCUCUCUUCCACGCGCGUAAUUCCCUGCCUCCUUUCUCUCACUCGCACUUGGAUCGUCUCCGUUGCAAACCUAGCGCCCUCUCUGUUCCGAAAGUUCCUUGGAUUCGGAUCUCUGAUCGCCAUGUUGGGGCCUCCGUCCACGAUCGUCAGUCAUGUCCGGUUCUUGCUGGAGAACUUGGACGAUUCGGACCUUGACUCCUCCGUCCAUGAGCUCUGUGACUUUGUUGAUCAUGGAGUUGAGACUAGUGUUCCGGUUGUCCUGACCUGCUUAGGCUGGUUGACCUUUAAUAAAAGCCCCGCGAAUAGGUUGCAGCUCGAGAAAGCGGUAUCAUCGGUUUUUAAACAUGCGAUGAAGACGCCAAAUUUCAGUACCAUUCUUUCUCACACGCUAAAAGAUGUUGAUGUCACUGAAGAUUUUGUGGUUGAUUUGUCAAAUGCAUUGCGCUUAUCUACAUCUGAGAAAAUUGUCUUUGCUCUUGCCUUGUCCGAUCUUGAAAGAUCAGAUGCAAGAAUGAGUGGGCGGAACUUCUGUGUUGCUGAGAUUGAGAAGCUAUGUGUCAAUCUUUUCCAGAUGGAGUCAACUGAGCAAAUUCAAAAUAUCAUUUUGUUUCUUCGGAAAUCUGAGGAUCUCUCCAAACAUUUGAAUUCCUUUUUUCGGAUAUUGUCUUCUGCUCAGUCAAGAGAAGAACUCCACUUCGUGCUAACUCCUUUCCUUUCAGAAGAUGUGCAUGGAGCAGAUAUUUUCAGGGGCACACAUUCACUCAAUGAUACUGCAGUAAAUGACUUUAAUGCUAUCUUAGCUGAAAUUGAAAAGGAGAUCAGCGUGGGAGAUCUCGUAGAAGAACUAGGUUAUGGACUCACCGCUGAUGCCACACAAUGCAAAGAGAUCUUGUCUCACUUCUUACCUUUAACAGAGGCUACAAUCUCUAGAAUCUUUGGAACGGUGGCCCGUACCUUUGUUGGUCUUGAAGAUAACCAGAAUACCUUUUCUACAUUUAGUAGGGCCCUUGGUUUCUGUUCCUCAAUUGAACUUCCCCUGCUAAAGUCGUGGAAUGUAGAGAUUCUUGUUGAAACAAUCAAGCAGCUUGCUCCUGGCACUAACUGGGUACAAGUCAUUGAGAAUCUGGAUUAUGAUGAAUUUUACAUCCCUAAUAUGGAGGCUUUCUCAUUCUUCAUGUUGUUGUUUAGAAAUGCAUGCAAGGAUCCAUUUCCACUUGAUGUCAUAUGCAGUUCUGUCUGGAAAAAUGUGGAGGGGCAAUUAUCAUUUCUUAAGCAUGCUAUAUCUUCACAGCCGGAAGUAUUUUCCUUUGUGCAUACUGCGAGGAAGCUGGCGUAUGUUGAUGACGUGCACAGCCAUGAACAGCAACUAGUACUUGCCAAUAAUGCUUGGUUAUCUCUUGACCUGUUACGUGUACUCUGCGAACUGGCUGAGAGGGGACAUGCUGCUAUAAUCCGUUCAUUGCUUCAGUAUCCGCUUACACAUUGUCCCAGAACGUUGCUUCUAGGAAUGGGUCAUAUCAAAACUGCAUGUAAUCUCAUUCAGCGUGAUGUGGCUUCUGCUGUUCUUCCCAUGAUAGUAAAGAAUAUACCGGAUAGUGGUUUUAUACUUGAUCUGUGGCAUCUGAAUGCUGAACUUGUUCUUUGGGGGAUUUUAGAUGCUCAAACUCUCGAACCAGAUGGGUUGAUGAGAUUAGUGGAAAUCUGCCACGAACUGAAGAUUCUCUCAUUUGUUUUAGAGUCAGUUCCAAUCUCACAUGGCAUUGGAUUGGCAGUCCUUGCUUCACAGAGAGGUUUCUUGGACUUUGAGAAGUGGUCGUUCAGCUGUAUAUAUAUGUACAAGGAUGUUUUCUUUGAGGAGUGCCUCAAAUUUAUCAGGGAUAUUCAAUUUGGUGAAUCCAAGGGUCUUUCUUCCAGACCUUUCCAUCCCUCUGGUACUAUAUUCGAUCUAUAUCUGGAUGCGGCAUCUUCCUUUUUGAAGGUUCUUAAAGCUAAUGCUAGCGUAGUUUCUUCACCUCAUUUGUCUGAAGAAAUAGAAAAGGUCCAUGCAGCAAUUUUGGAUAGUAAUACAGAACUGCAGAAUGGUGGGGCCAAAGAUUCAUCAGCUUCUGCUGCAGUUGGGGAUGAUGUCGAGGCAGAAGCAAAUGCUUAUUUCCAUCAAAUGUUUUCCGGCCAGUUGAGUGUUGAUGCAAUGGUCCAAAUGCUUGCUCAAUAUAAGGACUCACCAGUUAAAAGGGAAAAAGCAAUUUUUGAAUGCAUGAUUGGAAAUCUGUUUGAGGAAUAUCGUUUUUUCCCCAAGUAUCCCGAGAGACAGCUAAAAAUAGCAGCCAUCCUCGUUGGUUCGGUUAUCAAGCACCAGCUUAUAACUUCUAUCACUCUUGGUAUCGCCCUUCGAGGAGUACUGGAUGCAUUGCGUAAACCUGCGGAUUCAAAACUGUUUUUGUUUGGAACGAAAGCUCUGGAGCAGUUCGUGAUCCGUCUCAUUGAGUUGCCUCAGUACUGCAACCAUAUUUUGCAAAUAUCUCAUCUGCGUAGUACUCAUCCGGAAUUAGUUUCUGUUAUCGAGGAAGCCCUUGUGCGGAUAUCUUCUGGUAUUUCAGAAUCAGAUGCCUCUGUUAAUCACCCUAUCUCCCUACAGUCUAUCCCUGGAAGUGACGAGUUGAGUGGUUCUGGAAUUGGCCAAUCUGUAUUGCAGUUUUCUUCUUCAAUUCAGCUUCAACAUAGAAAUGCCGUUUCUGUAGAUGACCAUAACAAGGUGCCUGCUAUGCCUUCUAAUGAUGUGAAGUCGCUUCUACCAUCUUCAGCGACUACUUCAGGAGAUGCUUCAGUCAUUCAGAAGAAUUCAGUGACUGGUCUAGCUGCCUCAUCAACCUCAGCUGGCUUUGUCCAUUCAUCUCGUGGAGCCACUUCGACAAGGUUUGGUUCUGCCUUGAACAUAGAAACCCUAGUCACCGCAGCAGAAAGACGAGAGAAACCAAUAGAGGCUGCUCCUUCAGAGGUUCAGGACAAAAUAUCUUUUAUAAUUAAUAAUAUCUCAGCAGCGAACAUGGAAUCUAAAGCAAAAGAUUUCGCAGAAAUAUUGUGUCAGCAGUAUUAUCCCUGGUUUGCACGGUAUAUGGUGAUGAAAAGAGUGAGCAUCGAGCCAAAUUUUCAUGACUUGUACUUGAAAUUUCUGGAUAAAGUUAAUUCCAAGGUCUUGUACAAGGAAAUUGUUCAAGCUUCCUAUGAGAACUGCAAGGUUCUCUUAGGCUCAGAACUCAUAAAGUCAAGUUCAGAAGAGUCGACACGGUCUUUGUCACACUUCAUAGUUACUGAACUUGAUUUUUCCUCUUCUUUGCAGGCAUAUGAAAAGGGGUUGAUGAUCGCAGUCAUUCCAUUCACUUCUAAGGUGUUGGAGCCCUGCCGGAACAGUCUUGCAUAUCAACCUCCAAACCCAUGGACGAUGGGUAUUCUUGGGCUGCUUACUGAGAUCUAUGCGAUGCCAAAUCUGAAAAUGAAUCUUAAAUUUGACAUAGAGGUGUUAUUAAAAAACCUUGGUGUUGAUAUGAAAGAUGUAGCACCAACUUCUCUAUUGAAGGACCGGAAGAGAGACACAGAUGGUAAUCCUGAUUUCAGUAGCAAGGAUCUCUUCGUGGCACAAAUAUCUCAGCCACAAAUGAUUCCUGAAGCUAAACCUGGAGCAAUUUCUACUCUCAACCAGGUAGAACUACCUUUUGAUGUUGCAACUUCACCUAACACAGGUGGCCAUUCGAAGUUAUCAUCUCAGUAUGCAGUCCCUCUUCGGAUUUCUACUGGUACUUUGAUGGUUGAUGAGAAAGUGGCUGCACUAAGCUUAUCUGAUCAGCUUCCCUCGGCCCAAGGAUUGAUCCAGUCAACUCCGCCCCCUUCAGCAUUUUCUAUUAGUCAGCAGCUCUCAGCAGCAAUCCCGAAUAUUGGAAAUCAUGUUGUUAUCAAUCAGAAGUUAAGCACAUAUGGUCUCCACUUUCCUUUUCAGAGAGUGGUACCCCUUGCUAUGGACAGAGCUAUCAAGGAGAUUGUGUCUGGUAUUGUUCAGCGUAGUGUUUGUAUUGCAUGCCAAACUACGAAAGAGCUUGUUUUGAAGGAUUAUGCCUUGGAACCAGAUGAGACGCGUAUAUACAAUGCAGCUCAUUUGAUGGUUGCUAGUUUAGCUGGGAGUUUGGCUCAUGUGACUUGCAAGGAACCUUUGCGCAUUUCGAUAUCAAGUCAUCUAUUGAAUACGCUUCAGGGUCUAAAUAUUUCAAAUGAAGUCCUAGAACAAAUUGUGCAACUUGUCACUAAUGACAAUCUUGACCUUGGUUGUGCUGCCAUUGAACAAGCAGCUACAGAGAAGGCAAUACAAACUAUUGAUGCUGACAUUGCUCAACAAUUGUUGUUAAGGAGGAAGCAUAGGGAUGGUGUCGGUUCCUUUUUUGAUCCAAAGCCAUUGCCUCAAAAUUCUGUCAGUGUUAUUCCUGAAUCUCUCUGCCCAAAACCUGGUCAUCUGUCCCUUUGUCAGCAGCGGGUGUAUGAGGACUUCGUUCAGCUUCCGUGGCAAAAACAGUCUACCCAAAGUUCACAUGGGUUAUCUGGUGGUUCUAGUUCAUCUGGAGAUGUUGGCCUUGGUGGUGAUUGUGGUUCACUGUCAGGAAAACAAGUUUCUGGCUUUUCAUCUAGUGCGGGAAAUGGGGGUCUGGAUCUGGUUUCUCGAUCAUCGGAUAUUGCUGCGGAGGGUUUUGAAUUUAGUUCAGUUGCACCUCUGAGUGCCCCUGACACUCAAGUUGGUCCAGCUAGCGAUGCAGCCACUCUUCUGUAUUCUAAGUCUCUUUCAACCUCUGAGUUGCAUCCAACAGAAUCUUCUGAUGCAACUAUGAAAGAUACGGGAGCGCCCUCACAGACUUUGACGUUAACUUCAUCUGCUACCAUGGAGCGACUUGGUAGUAGCAUUACACAACCUUCGUUGUCCACGAGAGAUGCAUUGGAUAAGUACCAAAUAGUUUCUCAGAAGUUGGAGGACCUAGUAGCGGCCAGUAAUACUGGAGAUGUUGAAAUUCAGGCAGUAGUUUCUGAGGUUCCUGAGAUCAUCCUCAGAUGUGUAAGCAGGGAUGAAGCUGCGUUGGCUGUCGCUCAGAAAGCUUUCAAGGCUCUUUAUGAGAAUGCAUCAAGUGGCCUUCAUGUUAGUGCUAACCUAGGAAUUCUCGCAGCUAUCCGUGAUGUCUGCAAACGUGUUGUCAAGGAGCUCACAAGUUGGGUAAUAUAUUCAGAUGAGGAGCGGAAGCUCAACAAAGAUAUUACUCUUGGUCUUAUCCGAAGUGAAUUACUUAGCCUGGCAGAGUACAAUGUCCACAUGGCAAAACAUCUUGAUGGAGGGCGAAAUAAGAGCGCAACUGACUUUGCCAUCUCUCUUCUCCAAUCCUUGGUUACUGAGGAGUCAAGCGUCAUUUCGGAGCUCCAUAGUGUUGUUGAUGCACUCGCAAAGCUUGCUGCAAAACCUGGGUCUCCAGAGUCAUUGCAACAGCUGAUUGGCAUGAUACGAAAUCCAGUUACCAGUGCUGCUAGUCUAUCUAGUGCUGCAAACAGCAAUGAGAACAAUGCUAGACAAUCAAAAGAUGAGAAGGUGGCAAGCAAUACCACCACUGCCAGAGAUGAAAAUAUUAUCAUGGAACCUGCGGAACCAGAUCCCGCUGGUUUCCGGGGACAGGUGUCCUUGCUUUUUAACAAUUGGUAUAAGAUAUGCGAACUUCCUGGUGCAAAUGAUGCAGCUUGCAUUCGAUAUGUCAUACAAUUGCAUCAGAGUGGACUGCUAAAGGGGGAUGACCUAACUGAGAGUUUUUUCCGCAUCCUUACGGAACUUUCUGUCAAUCAUUGCAUAUCUUCUGAAGUAAUUAAUUCUGCUGCACUGCAAUCUCCUCAGCAACCCCAGAGUCUAUCAUUCCUUGCGAUCGAUAUAUAUGCGAAACUUGUUUUUUCAAUCUUCAAGAAUUUCCCUGAGCACGAAUCUAGCAGCAAGUACUUUCUGCUGACGAAGAUUCUGGCUGUUACUGUGAGAUCUAUCCAAAAAGAUGCGGAGGAGAAGAAGACAUCUUUUAAUCCAAGACCUUAUUUCAGACUGUUCAUCAACUGGCUUCUGGACCUUUGUUCAUUGGACCUUGCAGCUAAUGGUUCAAGCUUUCAGAUUCUCACGGCUUUUGCAAACGCAUUUCAUGCUUUGCAACCUUUUAAAGUUCCUGCGUUCAGCCUUGCUUGGCUAGAGCUGGUCAGCCACAGAAGCUUCAUGCCCAAACUACUCAACUUAAACAAUCAGAAGGGUUGGUCAUAUGUUCAAAACCUGCUUGUGGACCUACUCCAGUUUCUUGAGCCGUUUUUGAGAAAUGCUGAACUAGGAGGACCGGUUCAUGUUUUGUACAAGGGAACGCUGAGAGUGUUGCUGGUGCUGCUUCAUGACUUCCCAGAGUUCCUCUGUGAAUAUCAUUUUAGUUUCUGUGAUGUGAUUCCCUCAAGUUGUAUACAACUCCGCAAUAUAAUACUCAGUUCUUUUCCGCGAAACAUGAGGCUCCCAGAUCCAUCUACUCCAAACUUAAAGAUUGAUUUGUUGCCUGAGAUAGCUGAUUCUCCCCGUAUUCUUUCUGAGGUUGAUGCUGCUCUUAAAGCAAAGCAAAUGAAGAAUGAAGUGGAUGAGUAUAUUAUGAUGAGGCAGCAGAACUCUCCUUUCCUAAAUGAACUGAAGCAGGGAGUGCUUCUCCCAACAAGCGAAGCUAGUUUGGCUGGUACUCGUUACAACGUACCAUUGAUUAACUCGCUUGUUCUCUAUGUUGGAAUGCAGGCUAUUCAGCAGCUGCAGGCAGGUGCUUCUCAGGCUCAGUCAAAUGCUAAUGUCGCAGCCUUGCAGAUAUACAAGUGUUUAAGCUCGGAACUUGAUGCUGAAGGACGCUAUCUGUUUCUAAACGCAAUCGCAAACCAGCUCCGUUAUCCAAACAACCAUACACACUACUUCUCUUUCAUCAUGCUCUACCUGUUUCUCGAGUUGGACCAGGAAAUCAUACAGGAGCAAAUAACAAGAGUGUUACUAGAGCGGCUAAUUGUAAACCGGCCUCAUCCAUGGGGACUGCUUAUCACAUUCAUCGAGCUCAUCAGGAACCGAAGGUACAACUUCUGGAAACAAGGGUUCAUAAGGUGUGCACCAGAGAUAGAGAAACUGUUUCAUUCGGUGGCCAGAUCCUGUGGGGGAGGCGGAGGCCUGAAGCCAGUCGACGAAGGUAUGGUCUCCGGGUGGGUGUCUGACAACGCUCCUGUGUCACAUAUAUAAAACCUUGCUUUAUAUGUUCUGUAUAUAUGUGUGUGUGUGUGAUGCAUGUCUCUGCACUUGGCAUUCCAUGCCUUUGCACUUUCAUGCUGAGUUCCGUUAGCUUUGGGCAUUUUGUUUUGGUUUCCUUUUUCGAAAUAUUUUUUGUCGGAAUAAAUUUGAAAAAUAUGGUACUGGUAGUUACCCCUUUUGAGAUAAAAGUGUCAGCCAAGCCAAAGGAAUGGUCUCUUGGAUGCUUAAGCUGUAAUUAUAGGGGGACAGCAUCAAAUUCAGUUGGCCCCAGUUCCCGUUUGGCGCAAUAUUUUGCUCAGAUCACUGACCUACAGAAGAAUGACUCAGUAGUGAGCUCAUCUUUCUCCAAGCAAACAGUGGAGGAUUGUCCCAACAUCGGCCAUGGGACAAGGGGGAUUAAAAAGUGAUAGUAAAAUGUUAAUAGAAAGCACUUCCAUCCAUCCAGCUAGGAUUGGGUGUGAAGAGCUGCACAACAUUUACUGCUUGAAAAGGAACUGGUGGUCACUCCUUUAACAUUUUAUAUUUAAUGAAUUCUGAAAGAAACAUCAAGAACCAGGAUUGCUGCUUGCAGCAUAGGCGACGGAGCGGGUCGGGUAAGAAAGGUCCCAUCCCAACGUAUCUAGAAGAUGCUGGCUAGCGGAUCGGAUCAGAUGAGAAUAUUGUAGAAUUUACUGGUCUGUGUAUAAUUUGGGCUGCAUGACCGGCGUCAAGAGUUUGGAACUAUUCACAACACUGUUGUGACAGUAUUAUUUAAACAAGACUAGCAACUUAAUCGCAUCCAAAACAACCUUCAUUUUUC